AUGUAUACACAAUCAAUCCUUUCAAUUCGAGCUAUUCAUAUUGAUUCCGAUCCAAAUGAGAAAAUCGUUCCCUUAUCUAAGUUCGAUUUAAGUAGACCAUUGGUUGGACGCACAAAUGCCGAACAAACUGCAAUUUCGUUGCUGCAUCCAGAUAUGCCUAAUGAUUCAGAAUUGCUCAAAGUAGCAAUUAUUGGAGCACCAAAUGCUGGGAAAAGUACAUUUGUUAACCGUUUAAUGGGUUGGAGAAUUUCGUCUGUAUCGAAACGGCCACAUACGACUCGUCAUCGAACAACAGGAGUUUUAACUGAUGCUAAUAAGCAAAUUGUUUUUCUUGACACACCUGGUUUUGUUGCACCAUGGCGUAAGAAACGGCAUAAUCUAGAAAAGUCAAUGAUUCUUGAUCCUCAUUCAUGUUUAUGGGAUGCGAAUUUAAUUUGUGUUGUACAUGAUGUUUCAAAUCAUUGGCUUCGUUUCAAACUAGAUGAAGAAAUCCUGAAAUGUCUCUAUGCACAUCCGGAAAAAGAAGCAAUUCUUAUUCUAAAUAAAGUCGACUCGAUCAAACGUAAGCGAAUGUUACUAGACGUGACAACUGUUCUAACCGAUGGUUCGCUCAAUGGUAUCCCUUAUCGCUUGGAUUCGCCGUACCAUCGCAAUGGUGAACUUGAUAUGGAACGAUUGUUUCUGAAAACUGCUCAUGAAAUGAAUAUACCUUUACCGAAAACUGAGAAUGAUUUCGAAAAGGAACGUUUACUCGCAGAUAUGAAAGAAUACGAAAAGAAACUAUUGGAUAUUCAAUUGGAAAACGUCAAUCUCGAUCUUGAAGAACCGCAAGUGAAAGAUUUAAUCACUCGUUACGAAGAGAAACGUUUGACAAUCGAGCAAUUAUCUGAUGAUGUCUCACCUCAUGUUCCGUACAAAUCAAUGAAAGACAUUAGUCCAUUUGAAUUUAAGAAAGAUCUCAUAGAAACAACGAAUUGGCAUUUGUAUUACCAAAAAUUAUCUCAAAUUCGUCUAUUUACAAAAGAACGUUCGACGUGGCCAUAUUUCAAUCAAGUUUUUAUGAUAUCAGCAAAGCAAAACCGUGGUAUAACAGCCGUUCGGAAUUAUCUGUUUUCACGAACUCAGUCAGCUCCGUGGAUGUUUCAUCGAAAUUUUAUCACUGACCAAUAUCCACAAGAAAUCGCUGAAAUGUGUAUACGAGAGAAGAUGUUAGAAUAUCUACCCGAUGAAAUUCCUUACAACUAUCUUUUGACUAAUGAUCGAUGGGAAUUGGAUGACAACGAUGUUCUUAACAUGACUUUUCUAGUCUAUCCUCGUGCUAAACAGUUGAAACGUGAUGUUAGUGUGCUAUUGAAAAAUCAUGGCGAAGCAAUCAAAUUAAUUAGUAUUGAAAGUGAAAAAGAUCUCUCCACAACGUUUCGUUGUGAAGUUAAAUUAAAACUAAUUGUUAAAACUUCUCAUGAAUAA